AUGUUUCGCAAAUCAAAGGAUCGCCCACACCCGCCCUCGAAGUCAUCCCUGCCGUCUCCUCCCGGGUUCCAAUACCAGUUGCCAGCUUCAGGAAGCAGGUUUACCGAGGACGAAGUCUCAGCUUUCUGGAUCUCAGACUCCGGCAGUGAGGUCGCUUCUCAGGGUUCCUCCAUUGCGAGGUCGAAACCCCAAGCGACGACCAAAUUGCCAAAGUCGCCACGAAAAACACCCGCCGCCCUACACCAUUUACCCGAAUUUGAGACGUCCAGUAUUCGUACAUUAUCGCCAUAUCAACAUCAGACGUCCGUGUCAUUUGUAACCUCGGCUUACGAUGCCGACUCUUUUACCGAGGAUGACAGACUGAACAUCAAGUCUGGUGAAGACCCGUCUUUAUUCCUGAUGUCCAAGGUCGCUCCCGAGGAAAGCCGCAAUUGCCUGCUGCUCUGGCAGACAUCGCUUUCUCAGGAUCGUAACGUGAUUCGUGAUACCAUCCCACAGAAAAACGGUUUCGUCAAAACAGUUAUGGAGGCGUUCAAUAACCAUCGUUGCCUUAUCAUUCGGCCGGAUGACGUGUGGCUUGCUAUCCUUCUACAAUUCAGUGCUUUCGUGAACGCCGGUCGAACUACGGACGAAAGCUUCGCGAUCCACUUGGGAGACAAUCCUCACUCCGCAGAUCCCUCAAUUAUAGCAGAGCAGAUGAUGAGCCUGAUGCACAAUAGAACAUCGAGUUGGGAACUCCAGGAAUGGGUUGCGUCCAGUUUCACCACGUCCACCACUGUUGACACGAUUGCUUGUGUGGUGGCUGUUUUGGGAGCGGCAGAGUGGGAUUGGAAGGGAUAUUCUCUCGCUCUCCAAGAUAUUAACCUCUGUGGCAGUGCAAGAGUGACGCUGGAGGGGACGAAGAGGGACUGGGAGAACAUACUGAUGCGGUUGGAGAAACUGAAGGAUUAUGGCAUUCCAGCGAUUGCCUGGUAUCACCAUUUGUUCCCUGUAAUCAGCCGUUUCGUUGCAGCAUAUGAUAACCCUAACAGUCCCGAAAAUCUCGAGUUCUGGAACAGGGUUAUCAUUUACGACCACGCGGCCGACCCUCCGCUGAUCAGUGGAUGGAUUACUGCAUUCUGUUUAUUCGGAGAGCACGGUCGCUGGCAGGGCAAUCCCCUGAAUGAGGAGCGGGCGCGUGAUCAUGAGCCGAGGAAGCUCCUCCGUCCGGCCAAUCCACGCAAUCUUACACCGUCGCAAUUCGCAUUUGUAUACACGCACCGUGAUCGCUAUCCCCGCCUCAUGCUAGACGGUUUCCCUUACCCUACUAUCGACAUGCGUUCAAAAUGGAUCGAUAAGGAGGAGUAUGUAAAUGGUGAGUUGAUCGCCGGUUCUAUCGGGUCCCAGAUCUGUUCUACCGAGAAGUCCGAGCUAUUCCGGAACGGCUUAAGAGACACAGUUCGACCGGUUCACAGCUUGGUGGUUUUUCGAGAGGGAUCCCCAUAG